CAGCCAGAGCACUGGCAUGCAGUGGGAGGGAGCGCCCUGAGACUGUCUGCAAACUCUGAGCUGCUGGGGCUUGUGCUGGAUUUUUUUUCCCCCUAACUUUGCAAAUGUUUCUGAUGGGAGGGGCAUUUGGUCAUCUCUUUGUUUCCUGACCUACAUUUCAACUUCCUUCUGGAGCAAGUACUUUCCUGCACUCAUCACAACUUUUCUUCACAGAGGAGAGAACCCGAGAGAGUGUGAGCAUUGUCAGCCACUAAAUGUACCCCUGAAAGAUCCCCCGAAAUGAGAUUCCCAGCAAAGGUCCUGUGGCUUAUGUUAUGGACAGGUUGUGUAGCUCAAGAUUGUGUAAGUCCUCCUCCAAAAAAAGACAGGGAAAUUCUUCUGGGUUCCUGGUCUGAACAAAGCUACCAAGAGGGCAUGAAGGCCACAUACAAGUGCCGCCCUGGGUUCAGGACAUACGGCGUGAUUACAAUGCAGUGCAAGGGAGGGCAAUGGGUGGACCUCAACCCAUCGAAAAUAUGCCAAAAAAAGCCCUGUGGGUACCCUGGAGACACACCCUUUGGCUCAUUCGACCUUGCAAUAGGAGACAGCUUUGAAUACGGUGCCAAGGUGGUUUAUACGUGCAAUGAGGGGUACCGAAUGAUAGGUGAAUUUAAUUUCCGGGAAUGUGACGCUGAUGGAUGGACCAACGACAUCCCUGUAUGUGAAGUUGUUAAGUGCUUACCAAUGACAGACCCAGAGAAUGGGAGAGUUAUCAGCAGCGCAUUCAGACCAGACCAGGAAUAUUCUUUCGGACAGGUGAUAAAGUUUGAAUGUAACCCAGGCUUCAAGCUUGCUGGCCCUAAAGAAUUACAUUGCUCGGAAAAUGGUGUUUGGAGUGGAGAAAAACCAGGUUGCGUGGAAAUUUCCUGCCAAAGACCAGAAAUUCUGCAUGGAGAGCCCACAUCCCUGAAGAACUUGUACAAGGAGAAAGAAAGACUUCAGUACAAAUGCUUCUCAGGCUAUAGCUACAGUGAAAGAGCAGAGGCCGUCUGCACCCUGUCGGGGUGGAUGCCAUACCCCUCCUGCAAAGAAGUGACAUGUGAUCCUCCAACUAUUGCCAACAGCCACUACAUUCCUGACAGGACCUCAUACCGACGUGGGGAUAGAAUCACAUACCAGUGUAAAGGUGGCUUUUAUCAUUCCACCCAAGGCAGUACAUCAGAAUGCACCGAUAUGGGCUGGAACCCCCCUCCAAGGUGCACCUUUAAGCCAUGUGAAUACCCAGAAAUAAAGCAUGGGAGCCUAUACUGGGCACGCAGAGAAUACUUUCCAGUCGCUGUGGGACAAUGGUAUUACUAUUCCUGUAGUGGCAACUAUGUGACGCCCACAGAACGCUACUGGGAUUCUAUUAUUUGCACAGCAGAUGGAUGGUCACCUGACGUUCCCUGCCUCAGAAAAUGUGUUUUCAAUUACCUGGAGAAUGGAUAUUAUCCGAGGUAUGAACAAAAGUAUUUACAGGGUCAAUCUGUUAGAGUUUCCUGCCAUCCUGGUCACAGUCUUCCAAACCAGCGGACCACGAUGACGUGUACAGAGAACGGCUGGUCCCCUCCUCCCAAAUGCAUCCGUGUCGUGACAUGUUCAAAAUCGGAUAUAGAAAUUGAGAAUGGAUUUUUUUCUGAAUCUGAACUGACAUACCCCUUACAUAAAGAAACACGAUACAAGUGCAAACAAGGUUACUUAACAGAAGAUGGUCAGACCUCAGGAAGGAUCACGUGUCAGCAGGACGGAUGGUCCCCUCCCCCCAAGUGCAUCAAAUCUUGUGAAAUGCCAGUGUUUGAGAAUGCCAGAGCCAGAAGUGGCAGCACGUGGUUUAAGGUCAAUGACACGUUGGACUAUGAGUGCCAGGAUGGAUAUAAAAAUGAAGAUGGACACACCACAGGCUUCAUAGUGUGUGGUCACAGUGGUUGGUCUGGUACACCCACCUGUAACAAAAAAGAAUGCAUUGUUCCUGAUAUAGCACAAAACAUAAUUGCUCAGCCCCAGAAAGAGAAGUAUUUCAUUGGAGAAGUGUUGAAAUUUUCCUGCAGACAAAGACUGAAACUUGUUGGACCAGAUUCAAUUCAGUGUUACAACUUUGGGUGGUCACCAGAUCCUCCAACAUGUAAAGAGGAAGUAAAAUCGUGUGGUCUACAUCCUCAACUCCCCAAUGGGAAAGCUACAAACACACCAAAAGAAGAAUAUCAACAUGGUGAUGUUGUGGAGUACAUUUGUGACCCCAGGUUUCUGUUGAAGGGCUCUAAGAAAAUUCAGUGUGUUGAUGGAAAAUGGACCACCUUGCCGCAGUGUAUUGAGGAGAACAGCACCUGUGAAGACAUACCUGACAUUGUUCACGGCUCCAUCUAUUCCCGGGAGGGUCCCUAUCACCAUGGAGAGUCCUUGGAGUUCAGCUGCAGAGAAGGGUUCACAUUGGUUGGGCCCAGAUCAGUGACAUGUUUCAAGGGAAAGUGGACCCAACCACCUGAGUGCAUUGAAACAGCUAACAUUAAGAUGUGUAAAUUACUGAGGUCACAUGAAUACAAAAUACUCCAGUCAGAUAGAGUUGACUACAACCAUGAUGAGCAAGUGAAUUACACAUGCCCAAGGAGGUCAGAGCAGAAGCACUCAGUCUGCGUCAAUGGAAGAUGGGAUCCCGAAGUGAACUGCACAGAAGUACCAAGAUGUCCACCUCCACCUCAGAUUCCCAAAUCUCAAAAUAUGAUGACCACAGUGAAUUAUCAGGAAGGAGAAACAGUCUCUAUUCUCUGUCAAAAUAAUUCUCUGAUUCUGGAAGCUGGAGACCUCGUGUGCCAGGGUGGAAUCUGGAAGUCAGUCCCGCGCUGCAUUGAGAAAACACCGUGUUCUCAGCCACCUGAUAUAGAACAUGGAACCGUAAAUUCCUCCAGAUCAGAAGAAGAAGGAGAGGAAACACUGGAGCCCAAGGUCUAUCCACAUGGCACUAAGUUACAUUAUGUUUGUGAAGAUGGUUUCAAGAUAACCGGGAAACCUAAGAUAGCAUGCCACCUGGGGACAUGGGGUUCCCUGCCUCGUUGUGUAGGACUUCCUUGUGGACCACCACCUUCAAUUUCCAAUGGGGCUGCACCCAACAGGAAACAGAAAUAUGAGUAUGGAGAAGAAUUUACAUACAACUGUGCACAAGGAUUUACGAUUCAUGGACCUGCAUCUGUGAUAUGUUUAGGAGGAAAAUGGAGUCCUCCCCCAGAAUGCACAAAAACAACUUGUCCUUCCCCACCCAGCUUUAAUCAUGCCAUGCCUAAAGAUGUAAAUGGGAAGAAGAAAUCGUAUCAGCCAGGAGAUGAAGUAGCUUAUAAAUGUCAAGAACACUACCAAAUGGAUGGAUCCAAUGUUGUUCGCUGUGUGGCUGGCAGAUGGAUAGGGACACCCACAUGCAGAGACAAUUCCUGUGGGAGUCCUCCCAUUGUUGAAAAUGCCACUAUACAAAACAAGAAGAUUCGGUAUCUGUCUCGUGAGACAGUACGUUACGAAUGCAUGAAAUCUUUGGACCUAUUUGGAGAUGUAGAGGUGACCUGUUUGAAUGGGAACUGGACAAACCCACCUCAGUGCAAAGAAUCCAAAGGAAAAUGCGGGCCUCCUCCAACCAUCGACAAUGGGGACAUUACCACAUUCUCAUCAGCUGUCUAUGCUCCAGGAGACUCAGUGGAGUACAAGUGCCAGCUCUACUAUAAACUUCAGGGCAACAGGAUAAUAACAUGUCGUGAUGGAAAGUGGUCAGAAGCACCCAAAUGUUUAGAGGCAUGUGUAAUCUCAGAAGAAAUGAUGCAAAAGCAUAACAUACGUUUAAGAUGGAGACCGGACAAAAAACUUUAUUCGGAAUCAGAUGAUACUCUUGAGUUCGAAUGUCGAUAUAGGUAUCGUGCAAGGUCACCACCUUCUGCAUUCCGGGUAACAUGUCGGGAAGGAAAACUGACGUAUCCUACUUGUGUAAAAUGAUGUGUUAUACAAAUGAUGUGUAUAAAAUGAUGGUUAUAUUGCAGUCUGGACAUUGAAAUACACAUAUUCAUUUAGAAUAUUUUGUAGUAAUCCGAUUCUCUAUUUCUCCAAGUAUAUGUUAUCUCAUUUUUCUUCAUAAUCUGAAUUUAUGUUGAUGUCAUUGUAAUCCGAAAGACCAAGGAUCACUCUGAAAAUGAUCUCAUUAAAAUGUGGCAAACCACAA